CUCCACUCCGACUCUUCUGCUCUGCUCCUGCCCUAAACCGACUUCUUCCUCUUCCAACAGUAAACAAACCCACUUCACCAUCUCCUCCUCUCUUCUUCACCUCCCCAACUCUCUAUGCCGGUCUACGACGUCAGAAGACGCCUUCUUCGCGGUCUAACCGGCGGCAGCAGUGCUGCUGCUGCUGCUGCUCCCGCAACAACACCCUCCAACACAACAUUCGACUCCGCCGCCGUGGACUCCUCCAUCGACACCCCCACCGCCCGCGGCCGUCUCUCCGCGUCUCCUGUGCCAAUGUCCAUCGGCGAGACAUCCUUCUACGGCUCUGCUUCUGCCUCCGACUCUGCUCCGGGAUCUAACUCGGCCUCGCUCUUCACGCCCGACGCCGCGGCCGGCUCAUCGCACCCUUCGCAGCUCGCCGCCGGAUCUCCUCCUCGCGUUCGGCGAAGACUGCCCUCGCGAUCUUCCGGUGCCGCGCAACGACUGCCGCCUCAGACGACUCCAGUCGCAGCAGGUCCGGCCCCGCACAAUCACCACAACCACCUCCUCCACCACGGCCACGGCCACCGCCACAACCACCAUCUGCACCUGCACAAGAACGCGCCCGGCAGAUCAUCGCCGUCGCUGAGCACGCCCAAGUCGGCGCCGAUGAUGGCGAACCCGAGCAGUAUCCUUGAAAACCGCGGUGAUAUCAUCGUGCGCAAUUUCGCGACAAAUGAGCCGGAGAUGGUAUAUCUGCGUACCGAGGUUCCGCUUGAUGAAAAGACACAGGAACUCGAGUCUCGAGAAUAUCGCGUCAGAAAACAUCUAAAACAAGUCUACAAAGAUCACAACCUACAGAAAAACGAGAAGCUAUUACUGCUCGUUCAACGAGAUCUGAAGCGCAUCGUAGCAGAACUGGACGACGACGAGUGGAUGUUUGAGCCUGGCUCGGAAAUCGCUUCUGAUCUCGCAUAGACUCUUAUUCAUGUACAUGUACAUAGUUUGCUUUUGCUGGGUCGCAUGUGUUGUUUUCUUUAUGGCGUUUUAUUGUUAAGAGCCUUUCUUGUAAAUUUAUUCAUCAUUCAAAUAACUUAUAACUACUCUAC